GCGACACCGUGUGGACGCCUCUACCCGCCACGCAGCCUCGUGUCUCCGUCGCGUGCGCCUCACGAAUCACCUUUCCCGCGUCUCCAUUAACCGCGAAAAUAACCUUUUCCGCGUCUUCAUUAACCGCGAGGCUACCGCGAAAAUAACCUUUUCCGCGACUCCAACAACCGCGAACCUCCGCGCAAGUAACCUCUCCCGCGUUUUGAAUAACCGCGAAAUCCGCGGAAAUCACCGUUCCCGCGCUUUCAAUAACCGCGAAGCUUCGGGUUCUCUGAUAACUGCGAGACUUCGAGCAAGUGACCUUUUCCCGCACUUAAAAUAACCGCGGAGCACCGUGCCCGCGACCUUUUCCGCGUUUUGAAUAACCGCGAGAUUCCGCGUAUGUAACCUUCUCCGCGUUUCCAAUAACGGAGAAGCUCUGGCAUUUUCUGGCUUUCUAUAUCCGCGAAAGUAGCCUUUUUUGCGCUUCAGCCUCGUAGAGGAAUCGUGUUCACUCGGCCCUCGGAAAGUGAUCAACGACAUAGCUACACCAUGAAGACUUGAAAUGCUGUGUGCGUUCCCUUUUGUUUUUGUGUCGAUAAGUUGUCGCGAAACUGGUUUUCGUUCGCAUCCUCGACCGAGACUUGAUACACCCGUCGAUUCGUGCGAUAAAAUGAUUCAGGAAAAUGAUGAAUGAAGGAAAGUAACCCACAACGAGAGCGGCCAGUAUCUCUCGUACGCUAUCGUAGUUUUCAUUCUUGGAUUUUAUCACCUUUUGUUAUUGAGUGAACGCUUUCCCUAACGAAGACCUAGUCUCAAAGUGAGGUUGAUUCUUGGACUUCAUUAAAGUGAUCGUCGGGACGUUUGCGAGGAACUUUUUCUUCGAAUCGCUGAAACUUGAUUCGUGCUUCCUGUGAAGUUGGCCGUUAUUUAAUUCGUUCUGUGAAGCUGUAAAGUGUCUCGUUUGCGGAGUGUCAAUCUGCCUGUUUGUCGGGCGUUUCAGCCGCGCAAAAACUUGAUAGUCGGGUAAAUUGAUUUAGAGGAAAAGAAAGCAAGUGUUGGGUGUUUUCCGUCUCCUGAGUAUCGCGUUUUUGUUGGAUAAAUUCAGCUCUCAGCAAUUGUUGGAAAGCCCAGGGAAUGAGGGAACGCAGUUUGCAGAUUUGGAUUGAAAAUUCCACGCGUCACUGGAACAUCAGUCGUAACACGGUUGACUCUUAUUCCCGACUGCUCUCCGAAAUGUUUGCCAGAGUUGAUGUGUCCGACCAACCGUGCUCCCUUUCAAUCGGAUCGCGCGAAGCAGUUUUGACGAUUCGACAAGCUCCCUCAACUUGAAAAGUAUCGAGCAGAAACUCUUGAUAUAUUUUCGAUUCGAUUAACUCGUUGCAUUUUAUGCAUUCGCACAGCAAACAGGGUUCUAUCUCAGCCUGUAGCUGAAAUGUUUCGCUAGGUCCUUAGUCUCGUCCAUUUUCCUAAAGCAACCAUUCAGUACAAAUGGCGGAAAUUUCCAAGGGCAAAUCUUAACCGAUCCAGAUUCUAAACUCGUGCGAAUAAAACAAAAUAGAUUAAGAGAUGCAAGAAUGUUUCACACCGAGGAAGGAAGUGAAGUGAUGUUAGUUAUGACAGAAAAGACGGCUUGAAUCGUGGAAAAUAAAACAAUUCACCCACGAUUCAAUUUGUUUUGCUCAAAAAUUGCAUUUAAAUAGCAGUCUUAAUAUCUAAAGUUUUCUAAAAAUUUUUCGUACCUGAAUCACCCGUAGUUUAACUUCAAUUCGCUCUGACGGUUUCCAUAAUGUCCGAAACGCAUCAGUUCUUUUUCCGAGACACCUGCACUCUUCAAGAUAUUUUAUUUGAAUUGGCUGAACGAACGCUUCUCGCGCCCAAACCACCGGAAAAUGCUGCACUCUUGGAAAGAAAAACCGAACUUUUAGUGAACGAAGAAGAAUCGAGUCUGAAAACUGACAACUGCCCUAGGUCUAAGAACUAAUGGAUUCUUAACUCUGAAACCGAGGUGAAAUUACAAUGUGUUCGACUAUUCUGUGCAGGAAAUCGUCAAAUGUUCAUAAUCGGACGUAAACCGAAGUUUGCAAGAUGAAGGCCUCUCCUUCGUGAUUAUCUUGAUUUUUUACGCCGUAAAUAUCCAAAUAAUUGAAAUCAGAACUAGUUUUGUUUCUAUUUAUUUAUUUUUCAGUUUUAAAAACGCAAAUGUACCCUAUUCCCCAGUUUACGACCUAGAAGCAUAACGCGGCUUUUGUAAAUCAACUCCAACGAUUGCAGCUUUGGAUUUGAAAAAGGAGGAGCCACCCUCUUCGAAUCGACGUCAAACCGCGUGACAGAUUACUAAGAAAUAUAAAUUUUAAAAAAGAGAUGGAGACCGAUUCUGCGCUGCAGAUUGCGCAGUGUUAAAGGCAAAAUGAGAGCGUUCCCAAAACAGGAGACGGGCGUAUCCUGAGCACACAGCUGAAUUCGCUUUCAUUUCAAUUGGUGCGGCUGGAAGAGAAGAAGCAUGACGUCAUCCACCGGCAAUUCGUAAGGCGAUGCGAGUGCCGACGGUGGCGCCCCAAGCGGAGCCCUGCGGAACAUGCCCGGACCUGAGCAACGACACCCAGCGCGCCAUGGAUAGCUUCCUCUACGCCGGCUCCGUCGAGAACCUCGUGCUGGGCACCGCGGUGAGCCUCAACAAGUACACGGACCUCGACCCGCGGAACUUCUCCAUCCUCGCCGACAACGCCCUCUCGCGGUACGUCCAGGAACGCGACGCCGAGCAAUGGCGGACGCUCCAGAAGUUCGACUCGGUCUUCGUGUCCAGCCUCUUCUGCGUCAAGAUCCUCGUCAUGUCGUUCAUCAUCCUGGCGGCCAUCUGCGGGAACCUCCUCGUCAUCGUGAGCGUGAUGCGGCAUCGGAAGCUCCGCGUCAUCACCAACUACUUCGUGGUGAGCCUCGCCUUGGCCGACAUGCUGGUCGCCAUCUGGGCGAUGUGCUUCAACAUCUCCGUGGAGAUCACCGGGCGCUGGUUGUUCGGCUACAUCAUGUGCGACGUGUGGAACUCCCUGGACGUCUACUUCUCCACGGUCUCGAUCCUCCACCUGAGCUGCAUCAGCGUGGACCGCUACUACGCCAUCGUCCAGCCGCUGGACUACCCGCUGAUCAUGACCAAGAGGCGGCUCAUAGUGAUGUUGUUGUUGGUGUGGUGCUCGCCGGCCCUGCUCAGCUUCCUGCCGAUCUUCAUGGGCUGGUACACGACGCCAGAGAACAACAGCUACCGGCAGGCGCACCCGGAUCAGUGCUCCUUCCGCGUCAACAAGCCCUACGCUGUCAUCUCUAGUUCCGUCUCCUUCUGGGUGCCCGGAAUCAUCAUGAUCUACACCUAUUGGCGGAUCUACCGGGAAGCAGAUCGGCAAGAAAGAAUGCUUUACAGGUCGAAGGUGGCGGCGGCGCUGCUGAACAAGCACCUGCAGAUCAACGGGAUCUCGGCGGCGGGGCUGGGGGCGCUGCCGCAGGAGCCCGGGAGCGGGGGCGGCGUGGGCGUCGGAGUAGGCGUCGAGCAGGAGCAGCACAUCAUCGAGCCGGACCCCAACUCGGGGCAGAUGCGCCCGACGCCGAUCGCCUCCUCGAGCAAGAUGAAGCGCGAGCGCAAGGCCGCCCGCACCCUCGGCAUCAUCAUGAGCGCCUUCCUCACCUGCUGGCUCCCUUUCUUCCUAUGGUAUCUGAUCUCAUCCCUAUGCGGGGACGCGUGCGACUUCUCACCCUCCGUGGUGGUGGUGGUGUUCUGGGUGGGCUACUUCAACUCGGCGCUCAACCCCAUCAUCUACGCCUACUUCAACCGGGAGUUCCGGGUGGCGUUCAAGAAGACGCUCCAGUCGCUCUGUCAGACGCUGCUGCUCCUCCUGCCCGGGCGCAAGGGCUGCUGGGGGCGACGGGGCGACGCCAACGCCCUCUCGACGCCGGCCAACCGAAACUGCAUCAGCAACAGCAACGUCUCCUCCACGGCCGAAAUGAACUACAUCAACCACUCCACCAUCGUCCGACUCACCACCGACGACGACCUCAAGAUGACCACCUCCACCUCCGUCGCAGCCGAGCUCCGACCCCCUUCCUCUGUCGACAGGGUAUUCUAAGCUACUUUCCAGUGGCGGGGCGAGCUUUGCGAUAUAUCGAUUGUUAUGCCAUUUAAACCUAUGGAAAAGGAUCGAUAGACUGGGUGUUC